UGCAGUUGUGUGGUUGUUUUCGUGUCUUACAAUUUUAUAAGUCGUCGUUUAAUGCGUUUGUAUUACAACAAAUUUCCGUACGGAUUUUAUUCGUGUGUUUAGUUUUCGUUCCUUGUUUUUCGUGUUUAUAAUAAUUCGUUCCGACUAGUGUAUUGAUCACGUGCGCGAUGACGGCGGUGGCAGGAACGUCUUCCGAAAUUGCGGUUCCACUAAAGAAAUUCAAAGAACUUCCCAUAUUUGUUGCAGAAAAUCAUAAUGAGGUGCUACCAUUCAUUUACCGAUGCAUGGGAUCGAAACAUCUUCCCUUGGAAGGAAAUACCAUAAUACACCUCGACUCACAUCCUGACAUGCUUAUUCCAAAAGGCAUGCCGGCCGACACUGUCUGGGACAAGCACGAACUGUUCAGCCAGCUGAGUAUAGAGAACUGGAUGAUGCCUGCCGCAUAUGCGGGUCACUUCAGCAGUCUGGUGUGGAUCAAGCCGCCAUGGGCACAGCAGAUGGCGGACGGAACCCAUAGCUUCUGCAUUGGCCGCCAGAAGAGCUCCGGUGAAAUAAGUGAACGCACGGCAGAACGCUGCUCCUCGGCACCUCUGCUACCUUGA